AUGGACUCCACCAGCGGUCUUGGAGCGCCUGAUGGCUUGAACAGGCCUGGGUUUUCUACCAAUGGUCAACCACUGGCCACUGGUGCUGAGUUGGCGGCUGCUCAGCCUCAAGGUUCUACAGUGUCCAGCCGGUCAGAUGCUACCAAUCGGUCAACCCCAAAGCGGAGGGCUAAAUGCCGCUUCUUCACUUCCCAAAAGGGAUGUCGCGCCGGUGAUGCUUGUCCGUAUGUCCAUGAUUUAGCCGAUUCUCAACGGAAGAGUGCACAGCCUGGGGCGCAAGUGCAGGCCGGCUCAGCCAAUGGGGUUGGAAAUUCCCAGGGUCCUUUACAAGGUGUAGCUACCGAUGUUAGAAGUCUUUCCAUCAAUGACACAAAGGACACCAAGGUUGUUCCUCAAGCAGGAGCCAAGUCAACCUCCCACGCAGGCCAAAGGCCAGUUUCGGCCUUAGAAAGCUCGAACCCUCGGGAAUUUCAGAUCAAUCAGAUGAGACGAAGGUUUCAUCCAAAGGAAACCACGAAUGGAUCAGGAACAUCCUUAACGAUUGAAAUGACCCCUUCUGACCCCGAUUUUCCAUUUGAAUUGGAUAAGCUGCAAUGCAUUCUGCAUGUGCCGCUGUCCUAUCCCGGACAAGGAAGACCCACUUUAAAAGUCAUUAAUUCGGAUAUGGAACGAGCUUUCCAAGCCAAUGUUGAGCGAGGAUUCGAUGAUAUUGUCGACAGUACGCUGAGGACCGGUGGCCGAGGAACUCUGUUGAAUUGGAUGAACAGUCUCGACCGGCAUCUGGAGCGGUUGCUUACAACCACUGAAAGAGGGCCCACGCUCAAAUUUAUUCCCAAUGUUGGCAGCAAGGAAGUACAGGAGCGGCGAGCGCCAGAGCAGGUACAUGUAUCGCACACUGAUACAACUGCAACAGAACGAAAACCGGUUCCAAAGCCAAUGGCGUCCGUCACGAAUGCGUCCAAAAUUCACACCGCAGAACAAAAAGCCCAGGCGGAACGAAGAAGGGCAGUCGAAACAAAACAAAUCGAGGCUCGCCUCGGUAGAAUGCCCCUAUUUCAGAAGUCUCGAGAUGAAUUGUCCUUCGUUAUUCCUGUCCAGCCCCCCAAAGUGGAACGCCUACCUAUUUCACUUCGACCAAUCAAGACGGUGAAGUUGCUGGUGCCUCGUCUGUACCCUCUCGAACCCAGUUCAAUUGAGCUUCAGGGUGUAAGAUCUCCCGAAGCCCAGUCUGUCGAAGUUGGCUUUUCGCAGUGGGUGAAAGAAAACGCUCAGCUUAACCUGAUGUCCCAAAUCAACUACUUGACAAGCAAUAUGCACACUCUUGCGACGACCGCCUUGGAAUCUGUAUCGGAACUGAAGCAAGAACCGGCCACGCACUCCGUGGAUCUGCCGGAGGAAUCCGCACCGUCUGGCUCAAAUAAUCCGAUGUUUGAAGUAGAGGACAAACCCCACAUUCGCCUCAUUCCACGUCCUCCAGAAUGGAGUGCAGGAGAUAGUGAUGAGGGCAGCGAGGUCUCAGAAUUCUUGACAUCAGAAGACGACUCCACAGAAGAGGAUGGGGACGAGGAGGACGGCGGCGCUCCUGUUCCUGACAUGCCCGCGCAGACGACCGAACGUGGUGUGGCCCUUUCCUUCCCAUACCUGGAGCUGUAUGGCAUUGAGCUCCUGGAGCUCGUUGGUCUCUACAUUACAAUCAAGUGCGAUCGAUGCAAAGAGCACAUGGACGUGAAAAAUAUUCCGCAGACCAAGGAUAAAAGCGAUGUAUUGACUCCGAAAGUCGAGACGUGCAAGAAGUGUACAAACACAAUGAGUCUUGGUUUUCGAAGACAGUUGAUGCAUGCGAACUCUACCCGCGCGGGAUAUCUGGAUUUGGACGGCUGUACCGUUGUCGACCUUCUUCCCAGUAGCUUUAUCCCGACCUGCGCAGAAUGCUCGACCACAUUUCCCGGACCUGGCGUCGUUGCAGUUCGCGGCGAGAGUGCAUCGGCUUCCUGCCGUCAGUGCCAUCGUAAAAUGGUCUUCAAAAUCCCCGAGGUCAAAUUCUUGAUCGUAGGAUCUGCUGCAUUCACCUCUCGUGAUCGUGUUCCACAGCGGAAGAAGCCAAAAGAGACUCUUGGCAUUGUCGCUGGUCAGGAGCUACCUCGUCGAGGCCGGUGUAUGCACUACGGUAAAAGCUAUCGAUGGUUCAGGUGCCAUGACGCAGCUACAGAUCAUCCGAACGAACAUGCAAACCGCAUGAUAUGUGGUUUCUGCUCAAGAGAACAAGUCUACCGGCCCGAGAACUGCGGUAUAUGCCGUGCAGUCCUCGUUGGAAAGGCAGGAAGUGGGUUCUGGGAAGGAGGAAAGGGUACAAGGAACAAGGUUCUGAUGAGUCGAAAGGAUCCACGAAAGUAUAAACGCCUGGGAGGGACAAAACCAGGUGCUUCGAGUUCCUCGAAGAAGUGA